GUCAGCCAGCAGACGGCAGAAGAAAGGAGGAAGUGGAAACAUCAGCAUUAUCUCUGCGUUAGGAGGAGAGAGACAGGGGUGGGAGAAAACGCCGAUGAGUGGCGCACACACACACUCUCUCUCUCACACACACACACAAACUCCGGACAUCAGCGCUGUGGAGGAAGAAGUGCCCUCGACUCGACAGGUUUGGAUGUACCCCCUCCUUUAGUGGUGACAGAGGUGUGAGGCAGCGAGACUCGCACCGAACACCUCCCCGGCAGCCAUGCCGCCGCCGGCAGACAUCGUUAAGGUGGCCAUUGAGUGGCCUGGGGCGUUCCCCAAGCUCAUGGAGAUAGACCAGAAAAAGCCUCUCUCAGCCAUCAUUAAAGAAGUGUGUGAGGGGUGGUCCUUGGGAAACCAUGAAAACUUUGCUCUGCAGAUUGCUGACGCCACAAAUUUCUACAUCACAGAAAAGAACCGCAACGACAUCAAGAACGGCUCCAUCCUGCGCCUAACCACCUCUCCUUACCAGACGGCCGUGCAGCUUCACGAACGGAUCCAGUCGUCCAGCAUGGAUGCCAAGCUGGAGGCGUUGAAAGACUUGGCCAACGCGUCUCGGGACAUCACCUUCGCGCAGGAGUUCAUCAACCUGGACGGCAUCUCGCUGCUCACUCAGAUGGUGGAGAGUGGGACAGAGCGCUAUCAGAAACUUCAGAAAAUUAUGAAGCCGUGCUUCGGUGACCUGCUCUCCUUCACUCUGACGGCCUUUGUUGAGCUGAUGGAUCAUGGGAUCAUCUCCUGGGACACUUUCUCUGUGGCUUUCAUCAAGAAGAUCGCCAGCUUUGUGAACAAGUCUGCCAUGGACACGGCGGUGCUGCAGCGCUCCCUGGCCAUCCUAGAGUCCAUGGUCCUCAACAGUCAGGAUCUUUACCACAAGGUGGCCCAAGAGAUCACCAUUGGGCAGCUCAUCCCACAUCUUCAGGGGACCRAUCAGGACAUCCAGACUUACACCAUCGCUGUCAUCAACGCUCUGUUCCUUAAAGCUCCUGAGGAGAAAAGACAGUUUGACGAGCACAUUGUGGACAUCCUUAAUUGUCCCCUGACAGAGAUGGCCCACAUUCUGGCCCAGAAGCAGCUGCGCUCCAUCAUUCUUACUAACGUGAUCCGGAGCAACACGCCCAUCAACGAUGAGAUGGCCCAUCAGCUGUACGUCCUGCAGGUACUCACCUUCAACCUGCUGGAGGACCGCAUGAUGACCAAGAUGGAUCCUCAGGACCAGGCUCAGAGGGACAUCAUCUUUGAGCUGCGGAGAAUCGCCUUUGACGUGGAGUGCGAGCCGAACAACAGCGGCAGCAUCGAGAAACGGAAGUCCAUGUACACCCGCGACUACAAAAAGCUUGGUUUUAUUAACCAUGUCAAUCCAGCUGUGGAUUUCACCCAGAUCCCUCCAGGCAUGUUGGCUCUGGAUAACAUGCUCUACUUUGCCAGACACCACCAAGACGCUUACAUCAGGAUCGUCCUGGAGAACAGCAGCAGAGAAGACAAACACGAGUGUCCGUUCGGCCGCAGCAGCAUCGAGCUGACCAAGAUGCUCUGUGAGAUCCUGAAAGUGGGCGAGCUUCCCAGCGAAAACUGCCACGACUUUCACCCCAUGUUCUUCACCCAUGAUCGCUCCUUCAAGGAGUUUUUCUGCAUCUGCAUCCAGCUGCUCAACAAGACCUGGAAGGAGAUGAGAGCCACGAGUGAAGACUUUAACAAG